CGCCGGGCCCUGCAUCCCAGCCUGAGCCUGGCCCCGCGGAGAACUGUGCAGAGCCAGGACUCCCCGCGCCCGAACCCCCAGGCCAGGGGGGUCGCAGCGGCUGGACAAGGGAAGAUGGCCGCGCUAACGACAGUCGUGGUGGCGGCGGCAGCCACCGCUGUAGCCGGGGCUGUGGCGGGGACGGGCGCCGCCACCGGGACCGGCGUGGGAGCAGCGCCGGUGCCCCAACAGAAUGAUGGCUGUUUUGGUACUUCAGGUGGAAUUCGUGCUUUUCAACUUCAGAACUGGAAGCAGAAAGUUAAUCGGACUAGGAAAGCAGAUUUUAUACGCACAGCAGAAAAAUUCAAAAAUCAAGUUAUUAACAUAGAAAAAGAUAAACACAGUCAUUUCUACAAUCAAAAAAGUGACUUCAGAAUUGAGUAUAGUAUGCUGGAAGAAUUGGAAAAUAAAUUGAUUAACAGCAGGAAAACAGAAAGAGCGAAAAUCCAGCAACAAUUGGCAAAAAUACAGAAUAAUGUAAAGAAACUUCAGCAUCAGUUAAAAAAUGUGAAGCCUACACCUGAUUUUGUUGAAAAGCUCAGAGAAAUGAUGGAAGAAAUUGAAAAUGCAAUUAACACUUUUAAGGAAGAACAGAGGUUGAUAUAUGAAGAGCUUAUUAAAGAAGAGAAAACAACUAAUAAUGAGCUGAGUGCCAUAUCAAGAAAAAUUGACACAUGGGCUUUGAGUAAUUCAGAAACAGAAAAAGCUUUCAGAGCAAUGCCAAGCAAAGUUCCUAUAGACAAAGUAACUGCAAGUACUCUUCCAGAAGAAGUGGUAGAUUUUGAAAACUUCCUUCAGCAAACAGGAGGGCGACAAGGGGGCUGGGAUGAUUAUGAUCACCAGAACUUUGUAAAGGUGAGAAACAAACACAAAGGGAAGUCAACAUUUAUGGCAGAAGUUCUAGAACACCUUCCUGGAAGAACACAGGAUGAAGUUCAACAGCAUGAGAAAUGGUAUCAAAAAUUUCUGGCCCUAGAAGAAAGAAAAAAAGAGUCUAUUCAGACUUGGAAAACUAGAAAACAGCAAAAAAAAAAAGAAAUUUUCAAGUUAAAGGAGAAGGCAGAAAACAUACCUAUGCUUUUUCAUAAUAAACAAGAAGGUAAUCAAAAACAAAAAGAAGAACAAAGAAAGAAGCAGAAAUUGGCAGUUGAAGCUUGGAAAAAACAGAAAAGUAUAGAAAUGUCAAUGAAAUAUGCUUCCCAUUUAAAAGAAGAGGAAGAGAAAGAGAAAAAGCAGCAAAAAGAGCGCCAACGUCAGUUUAAACUAAAAUUACUACUGGAAAACUAUACCCAGCAGAAGAAAGAACAGGAAGAAUUUUUAAGACUCGAAAAGGAGAUAAAGGAAAAGGCAGAAAAGGCAGAAAAAAGGAAAACUGCAGCUGAUGAAAUUUCCAGAUUUCAAGAAAGAGAUUUAUAUAAACUUGAAUUGAAAAUUCUUGAUAGACAGUCAAAGGAGGAUGAAAAGGCAGAAAAACAAAGAAGACUGGCAAAAUUAAAAGAAAAGGUUGAAAACAAUGUUAGCAGAGAUCCCUCUAGACUUUACAAACCUACCAAAGGUUGGGAAGAACGAACCAAAAAGAUAGGACCAACAGGCUCUGGGCCACUUCUACAUAUCCCACAUAGGGCUAUUCCAACCUGGAGACAAGGAGUUUAGAAAAGAAUAUGAGAUAAUGAAAUUGGUAUUCAGUGAUGAGAAUGUUAGCAUAUUCAGUUAUAAUAGGACAGAGUGACUAACCAUGUUCUUUGAAUAUCACUAGUCUAGUCAGAUUGAUUAUUGUGUUAUGUGAAUUGACAGGUAUCAAGUUGCAUUCGGUAUUGUCAUUAGUAUUUCCUGUUAGUAUAUACUAAGAAGGUAUUUAAUGUGUAUGCUGGCCUAUUAUUGAUAUAAAAGUUUAUUGAUGAAUACAUUUAUGUUACAAACAGUAUUUCAUUUAAAUACUCAGAACAUUUCAAAGAGAUUUUGUUUUUGUCAUGGCAUUGCAAAAUAAAUUGGGACAAUCACAGAAUGACAUUUUUCAAACCAAAAUUUUAUAACAUUUAUAUCUUGGAGGUAAAUUAGCUUGAGUAACAAAAGUGUACAGUUUUUUUUUUGUUAUGAAAUAAGUACUUUUUCUAAGUUUAACAAAUUGGUAAUUUGUCAGUUACUACAUUUUUGUGUAAUAAAUAUUUUCUAUUUCUUUGAAGCAUGCUUUGUUUUAUAUAAAGAAUAUUUAAUUUAAAAAUAUGCCUUACACCUCAUACAUUCCAUAUUAUUUGUACUAUUGAUAUAAUCUUCUUGGUUUCCUUUAGAUUUUCCAAAUUUCCCUUCAGCCUUUCUGGACUUUAUACAUUUAUAAAAUCUUUGUGUCUUUCACAUCUUCCUGGCUGGUGCAGUUUUUUCUGCUUCUGUUUAUCUCAAAAUAUUUGGUCAAAAGAGUUAAUUUUAAAAUUUACAAUCUUUUGUACAUGAAAGCACAAUGUAACUUAAUUUGACUCAACUUUUCAUAUUAUAAAGUUCCUAACUUGAAUUAAGUUCCCAUCUUAUAGGAAAGUUACUGUGUACAUAUUAAAUAUAGGAAACUUGUUUCUUAUGACUUUUAUCUUAGAGUAUGUUUAAUUGUAACUUACAUUUAGGUCAAAUGACUCUGUUAAAAUUUACUAUGAGUAGUGGUCAAAACCUCUUCUUAUUUCAGUUAAUAUUCAAUGUAGAUAACUCCCAAAGGAAACUGAAUUCUAAUUAUAUAACUAUUGGUGCAAAAUAGGAGAAUUGACAUAAAACAUCCUUAAUAAAGAAUGCCCAUUUUAUUUGUAGUACUCAUUCUCCAUAAUUUUUUUAAAUGGGUGUGGCAAUUUAAAAAUAAAACAGGUUGUUGCAGAAGUAAU